AUCAUCAUCGCAAACAACCACAAAUAUUACAAAUAUUAUUACAAAUAGUACUACUACGAUUACAACAACAGCCACCACUAAUCAACCACAACAACCGUAUUAUCAACAAAAUAAAACACCAUCAACAUUAUCACUAUCUUUAUCAUUAUCAACGACCAGCGUUACAACAACAACAACAGCAACAGCAUCAUCUUCAUUAUCAUCAACAAAUAAUGAUAAAGUUACAUUAUCAACAAAAACAAAUAACAUGUAUCUUGUUGGAUGUAUAUCAUCAUCAAAACAACAACAACAACAACAAGAUGGUGGUGGUACAAUAGCACCACCAUCACCAGCACCAUGUGAUGAUAGAUUUAUACCACCACCACCAUUAUCACCAACAUUAUUAUUAGAUGAUCAACAAUUAUCAUCUAAACAUGUUGAAUCAUCAUUUACACGCCAUCAUCACAAUCAUCAUAAUCAUCAUCAACAUCAUCAGUUCGAUGAUUGUUAUUCAACAAAUGCUUUUCCAUCACCAUCACCUAAAUCAGAACAUUGUUGUUAUACAACAACAUUAUCAGGUGAUAAUGAUGAUCAUCAACAAGUUGAACAAGAACAAUUUAUACCACCACCACCAUUAUUAUUAUCAUUAUCACCAACAUUAGAACAACAACAACAACAUGAACAAAAUCAAUUGCAUUAUCAUCAAUGUAACAGUCCUAAGAAAUAUAAUAAAUAUGUGAAUAGUAGUAAUAAUGUUGAUAAUCAUUAUCAUAGAUAUUUAAAUAUUGAUCAUCGAUCAUAUAAUCAACAACAACAGCAACAACAACAACAUUAUCAUACAUUAGAUAGAUACAAUAACAGUACAAGUGGUACAACUAAAACAAUUGAACAACAACAACAACAAUUGAGUAAUUAUUAUCAACGUUUAUCAUUAUCAUCUGUUGAUUCAACAGCAUCGAGUAAUAAUCAUCAUAGAUCAUCAUCGUAUUAUUAUUCAACUUUACCAAAUCCAAAUAAUACGAUUAUAAUCAAUGAACAACAACAACAACAACGUAAUCAUCAUCAUCGUGAUCGUGAUCGUGAUCGUGAUCGAUAUAAUACAAUUGUACCAUCAAGUGCACACAUACCUGUUGAACGUUAUGUACCACAACCUUCACAACUGAUAAAUGAUAGUGAUAAUCAACAACAACAACAACAACUAUUACAACAUUAUCAACAAUAUCAUCAGCAUUAUCAUCAUGAUAAUAAUCGAUUGUAUAAUUGUACAGUUGGUAUAUCACCAUCUGAACAACAACAACAACAACGUUUUAAUAAUAUAUUAUCAACUGGAAAUACAACAGUUAAUAAUGGUGGGGAUCCAUAUAUGAGACGUGAUUUAGGUUAUCAUCAUCAUUAUCGACCACAACAACAACAACAACAACAACAACAAUAUUAUCAUCAUCAACGUGGUGUAUUAUCAACAGCAACAUCAGUAACAUCAAGAUAUCCAAGGCAUACAUCAUCAUCAUCAUCAUCAUCAUCAACAUCGUCAUCACGAUGUUGUAAUGUAACAUCAUCACCAACAACAUCAGUGACUUUAUCAUCAAUACAACAACAACAACAACAACAACAUGAUACUAGUGAUAAUGCAUUGUUAAUAAGUGAUAAUGCAGUAGUGACUACUAUACCAACAACAACAUUUAUUGAUAAAUGUUUAUUAAAUCAUUGUGAUAUUAUUGAAUGUGGUGGUGGUGGGGGUAGACAACAACAACAAACAAGUACUGCUUUAUUUAAUAAAAGUAUAAUGUGUUGUAAUAAUAGUGGUAGUACGGUUGUAAAUAGUGCAAUAAGUGCUGUCAAUAAUAUAACAAAACAACAACAACAACAACACAAUACUAAUUCAUGGAAAGCAACUGGACGACGUAGUUUAACAACAACAACAACAUUAUCAUUAACAACAAUAACAACAACAACAUCAUCAUCAUUAUUAACAACAACAACAUCAUCAUCAUCAUUAUCAUCAUCAAUACAACAACAUCAGCAUCAACAACAACAACAACAAGAUAAUGAUGAAUCAACAAUGUCAUCAUUAACAACUAAUAUUGUUGAUUCAUUAUCACAACAACAACAACAGCAACAACAACAACAAGCAUUGCUAGCGCCAUCAUCAGUGUAUUUAGCACAAGAUGCAUCAUCACAAACCAUCAAUGUUCUACAACCUCAUCAUCAAACAACUCCAUCAACAGUUCAACAUCGUACCAACAUCAUUGGUGCAACAACAUCAUCAAUACCAUUAUCAGCAGAAGCAUCAUCAUCACUUGUACAGGAUACUGCAAGGGCUGAUGUCUCAUUACGACGUUUAGAUUAUUUACAACAUCACCAUCAACAUCGUGCACUGAGUAGUGAUGCUGUUGUUGUAAGUGAUGAACAAAGACAACAACAACAGCAACAGCAACAACAUAGACCACGAUUUACACGAUCACAAUCAACGAAGGAGGUGAUCAAGAAUUAUAUAAAAAAAGAGACUGCAAAUUUUUUUGGUGUUAGUUUAGAAACCGAAGAAGAACAAGCACAAGUAUGGCGUGAACGUAGAUUACGUUUAGCAUCACGUGCAUAUGGUGAAUUAAAAGAUGAAUAUACUGUACCAUAUGGUAGACAAACACGACGACCACGAACCUUUGGUGGAGGUUAUUCUGCAUCUGGUGCUGUCCCUAGAGAACCAAGAGAACAACAUCGUCCUGACGUGUUGCCUGAUGUGAAUGUUGUAGAUCAUGUUGACAACUUUAAUGUUGUAGAUCAAGAUCAAGAUGUGAGUGGCGCAGAUGAUGCCACCACUGUACUGGGUACUGAUCGAGCAUUAAGAAGAAAGGAUUCAGUUGCACGAUUAACUUGGACUGGUUUAUCAUAUGUAAUAACGACAUUAGCCAGACAUAGAUCACAUGUGGGUGACGGUGGCAGCGGUAGAACGCCUAGUUCACGGUCAUUCCCACCAGAACAAGUUGAACUAGCACCAAAUGAAAUACAACCACAACAAUUGUUAGCUGACGAAGUGUUCUUUGAACAACCAAGUACACCUGGUACAGCAGCAGCAACAGCAUCAACCCCAUCAGCGUCAUCAUCAUCAAUACCAUCCACACCAGUACCAGUGCCAGUGAUAGCUGCAGCUGCAUCUGUUGAUCAUACUGACACUGCUACAGAUCUACCAGAUCAUGGCUCAUCAAACAACUUACAAAAACAGCAUGACGAUGCUACAAUUAGGAGAUAUUCACAACAUUUAUCACCAUUACGACAAAGACAAACACACCAACAACAACAACAUUAUCGACAGGCGAGAUCAGCAUCAACACCAGGUCCAGCAUCAGCACCAGGUCAAGCACCAGCUGCAUGGAGACGACGUCAUGAUUCACAAAUACAUGAUGAUAGUACGAACGACGACAGUCAUAAUAGUGGACCAACACCUGUGGGAGGUUCAAGAGUUUGGAAUCAUUUAUUGGAUGGUGCUCUAGAUAACUCAGACAGACGACAAUAUGGAAUGGGAUGGAUUGGACGUAUGUUUGGACGUACGAUACGUAAAUCAGUGGCACAUGAAGAACAUAUUCGUAAACAAUUAGAUGAUCUAGAGGAUCAUCGACCAUUCUUCACGUGGUGGGUGACCACCGUUCAAAUAUUAAUAUUAAUAAUAUCAUUGGUGUGUUAUGGUGUUGGUCCUUUUGGUUUUGAUUUGGCUAAUCGUUCUGGUCAAGUGUUAGUCACGUCAUUAUCAUUACAACAAGUUGAUUAUCAAGAACCAGCUAACUUUUGGCUUGGACCUAGAGCAGCUGAUUUAAUACAUUUAGGUGCUAAGUUUGCACCAUGCAUGAGACGUGACGCGAAAAUACAAAAACAAAUCGAUCAAGUGCGAGAGAAGGAGCGUGAAACUGCUUGUUGCAUUCGAAAUGAUGAUUCUGGGUGUGUUCAAUCGUCAAGAGCGGAUUGUUCUGUAAGUAUUAAUUAAUUAAUUGAUUUAUUUAUAUUAAUUAUUUAUAUUUAAUUAAUUUUAAUUAUUAAUGCAAUGCAUAAGAUACGUGGAUUACGAGCAACGAGAAUCAUUUCAACUUGGAAGAAAUGGUCAGCAGGAGAUUCAGGACCUGGUGGUCGUAUAUCUGGUUCUGUGUGUGGUUUAGAUCCAAAAUACUGUGAUGCGCCAGCUUCCGUUGCACCGUACGAAUGGCCCGAUGACAUCACAAAAUGGCCAAUCUGUCGUAAAACAUCAAAUGGUUUAAUGGAACAAAUGACCAGCAACAGUGGUACCAACAACGGUGGUAAAAAUAUGAUUGUAAGCAAAACAAAAGACAAAAUGGCUGAACAUAUGAUCUGUGAAGUGAUCGGUCAUCCAUGUUGUAUCGGGAUCCACGGGGAUUGUAGGAUCACAACACGUGAAUAUUGUGAUUUUGUACGUGGCUACUUCCAUGAAGAAGCCUCGCUCUGUUCACAAGUUACGUGCAUGGAUGACGUGUGCGGUAUGAUCCCGUUCUAUUUUAACGAUACACCCGAUCAAGUGUAUCGUUUAUGGACCUCUUUAUUUUUGCAUGCCGGUUGCAUACAAUUAUUAAUAACAAUUAUCAUACAAUAUACGUUAAUGCGUGACCUCGAGAAGUUAACGGGUUCGUUACGUAUUGCGAUCAUUUAUUUGGGCAGUGGUAUUGGUGGGAACUUAGCUAGUAGUAUUUUUGUACCUUAUCGAGCAGAAGUAGGUCCUGCAGGAUCACAAUUUGGUCUGUUGGCUUGUUUAUUUGUUGAAAUCAUAAAUAUUUGGCCAAUGUUAAAGAAACCCAUUCAUGCAUUUAUAAAAUUAACAACAAUCACGUUAUUAUUAUUUAUAAUUGGUCUUUUACCAUGGAUCGAUAAUUACGCUCAUUUAUUUGGUUUCUUAUUUGGUUUUCUAUUAUCAUAUGCUUUAAUGCCAUUCUUAUCAUUUAAUAAUAAUGCAGUUAAUCCAAAUAAUAGAAGAUUUGAUCGUGAUAAAAAGAUAAUAUUAAUAUGGAUAUGUUUGUUAUCAUCAAUAUUUUUAUUAAUAUUAUUAAUUAUUUUAUUUUAUAUAAUACCUAUUUAUGAUUGUGAAUUAUGUACAUUAUUUAAUUGUAUACCAUUAACAAAUAAUUUUUGUGCAUCACAAAAUAUUAAUUUUAAAUCACAUCAUCAAUUGAAUAAUGAAUUCAAUGAAUUUAAUUCA